AUGGGGCUGCUGUGUUGCGCUGCCAAAUGCUGCGGCUGCAUGGCGGUCUCGCAACUAUGCGCGCUGUUGCUACCUCUUGGCAUCCUGGCUGCACUUGGCCUGCUAUUCUACACGUACGCGAUCCCGUGGGGCGAGGACCAGAUCCGCCAGGCACUCAACCUCGCGUCUGACGUCGACAUCAGCGAUCUCAACGCCAGCUACGUCGAAGCCAACAGUUGCUCUGGCUGUGUCUUCGGCAGCAACACGCAGUGGCCCACCAACACCACAGGCACAUUGCACUUUUUGGACUCGAAAGCUGGCAGCACAGCGUCUGGCGUCAUCGCCACCUCAUUAGCUGGCGCGGCAGUGAUCGGCACAGGUUCGAUGCUAUGGGCUUCGGCUAUGCCCAGUGCCGCUGCGGCUUUAAGCUUCUCUGCAGGUUACUACGAGAUGACGCACAUCGUCGAGCAGGCUCAGUUCGCUGGCAUGAUCAGUCAGCUGAGAAUUGAAGGCGCGCCGACUUUUCUGAUGCAGUUCUCCAAGGAGCUCUCAUGGACGAAUUUCAACUUGAUCAAAGGAAGUUCCGACGACUCAAGCAGCAAUGGAAGUGGCAGUGAUGACACCACCCGACGACUCGCAGAUUCUAGCUCUAGCGCGACAGGGUUUGUGGCGGCGGCUGGAGAGUCUGGACCGGCGAGAUAUGCUGCUUUGAUCGGCGUGGAUGCCGACGACCUCUUCUUCUACACACUCGUGACUUUUGUCGUCGUGAUAGCUGCGCUUCAUGCGCUCUAUUUGGUAUUCGUCCUGAUCGUUGGUGCCAUUUCUAAGAACGAAUCGUUCGGUGAAGUAGCGCGAAAAUGGUAUCGUAAGGUUAUCUGGGCAGGUGUGUUGGCUCUACUGCUGGCUCAGUACAUGUUCGCGAUGGCUGGAAGCUAUUUCAUUUCGGAAGAAACUUCAAAUGACUCGGCCAAUGGCUCUAGCUCACGAUACGCACUGGGUAUUGUCGCUCUUGCAGCUGUUGUGCUUUUGGCUCUUGGGCUUGGCAUCAUCGUCGUUGGCAACAACGCAGAUGAACUCAAAGAUGUGGGAACUUAUGAACACGACCAGCGAGCAUUCAGCAGCAAAUACAGCGCUUACUACGACGAGUACAACUUCGACAACCGGUUCUUCUUUGUGCCUCGUAUUCUACUGGCAGUCAUGACUGGAGCUAUCGUUGGAAUUGUUCGAGACGCCACGACUCAGCUGCUGUGCAUCAUGGCUAUCACAGUGGUGUACUUGAUCUUGUUGCUAAUUCGUCAACCAAACUUGUUACGGUUCCUGUACUACAUCGGCAUCGCAUCAGUGUUCCUGAAGGUUGUGCUCAUCUGUCUCAUGCUUAUCGUGGCGAGAGAUGACUAUUUCCCGCAGAACGUGCGAGACAAUGUGGCGUAUGGGAUCAUCGGAGUGAAUAUGUUCAUCUUCUUUUUACUGUUCGUACGUCAAGCUUACACGAUCAUUCACAAGAUGAUUAUCGCUUGUCGUCACAAGAAGAACGGCAAAGAUUCCGGUCUAGAUGCCACGGAUAUAAAUCUCGAGUUCGGGAACAACACGUCCUCUAAUACUCGCAGUUACGAACAGGUGGAGAACACACCAGCGGGUCAGGGCGUCGACUGCAACAUGUCUGGCUACACAACCCAGAGCUCCCGCAGUGGACACUCGGACAACGUGCCCAUGUUGGAGCCACCUCCGGAACCUGUCCCGGUCUUCAGUCGCUCUCGAAGCAAGAUUCGUCCACCAGUUUCUCGCAACCAACAGUACUCGUUCGGAGGAUCGAUACGUAGCGCAGAAGCUUUUGAAGUGAAUAACGCUGCGCCAGCUCCAGCUCCUGCUCCUGAACCUGAACCGGAAAUCCCAACGUACGAUGUGUUGGCAGCCUACCUCGGUACGGAUAAUACGGGUGAUGAGGCUGCGUACUCCACGUCACCGAAGUCGGGAAGAGGACAGCAUUCGUUCAGAGGGCAGCUGUCGUCAAGAGAACAGAAUUCGUCAAGAGGCCAGAACUCUUCGCGGGGUUUGGCAUCGUCCAGAGGUCCACCGUCAUCGAGAGGUCAAUCGUCCAGAGGAGGAGCUGCCAUGUCUGGAUCUGGCCUUAGCUCGCGUCCAUCGACGGUGCCACUUGACGCGUACGCUGAAAAAUUUUCCGGAUCGGGCGUCAGUAACUCGUCGUCGAGAAGAAAACGCAGUUUUGACAUGGAUUCGCUGCGCAAGGAUGUGGAUAUCGAUGACGUAGAUAUCGAUGACUUUGCUGCUGCACCGUCGGCGCCUAGCAAGCAGUUUAACCCUGGCGCUUCGACUGUAAGCCAGCAGCCCUUUGCCCCGGGUGCUUCCUCAGCCAGCUCGUUCGCUAUGAUGCAGUCGUACGUCAACUUCUCGGACUCGAUGGUAUCCUCUGUCAGCACCCAAAGCACCGUGAAGCAGGACAAUACCUUCUCAGCAGCGAUGGGCGCUGCUACACACAAAAGUGGCUACGGUAGCAGUCCUCAAGCGAAGAUGUCGAUCUUCUCGAAUGACUCGGAGAAUAGCUUCGACGGGGACAGCAGUGGUUGGUUCAAGGCUCGAUCAAAGACCGUGGUCAGUACGGAAGGAGAUGGAAGCGAGCCCAACGAUGUGGAGAGUCAAAGCUAUGAGCUUGGUCCUCUGGGUGUAACCAAGUCAGCCUUCUCACGCGACUCGAUGGACUCGUACGGCCACCAGUCGACGGCUCACUUCGCGACAUCUCGUGUGGACUUCAAUGCCCGGAGCCGAGUCACCGACAAUGGCAGCGACGAUGGCGGGUACUACCCUUCACGUCGACGAAGAUCAGGAUCAUCGAACCAGUCAUCGAACCAAUCUUUCCUGAGCGCUCACUCCGAUGACAGUGCAUCAUACUACGAUGUCGACAAAGUCCGCCGAGACGAACACCCUAAUACUCUGACGCUCUAA